GCUUCCGUAGGCAGCAGGAGUGAAAGGACCUGCUCGCCGCUGCCUCAGCCUCAGAGCAUCUUUCUCCUCUUCUUUCUCUUUAAUCCUCACUCAAACACAGCGGGGGUGACGGAGAAUCAUGCGGACAGCAUCCCUCUGCUGUGCACCCUGAAACAUACCGUCAUGCACGGCAUGUGUUAGCCUCUCGGUUAGCCCAACACCUCGCUUUUUCGUUCCCGAUGAAGAGCAGACAUAAUAGCUUGUCUGUGGAGAGGAGAAGAAUAUAGUUAUCCUGAGCAGAGUCGAGCCUCAGCUUCUACUGGCUUAUUCUUUAUUUUUAUCUACUCUUUUUAUACAGUAAAUGUUUGUUUAUUUAUUUUUGUUCACAUAGAUGCAUUUUCCAGUUUUUCUUUACACACAAUAUUGUUCUUUUCUCGGCGGAUGUGAACGGAGCGAGCGCUGCUCCAGCAGAGGAGAUGCACAGAUAGACAGAGUGUCCGCCUGACAACACCAAGGUGCCUGAGACUUUCCUGGGCAAAGACUCUCAGCAAAAGGACUGCAUUUUGGUGGUGGUUACCAACAGAUGUCCUACAAAUGUUAUUGAUCUGACGCCACAAGAAGGAAUCAUCUGGACUGAAGUUUCAGCAGAUGAUUGUUUCUCAGCAGCAGCCGGUCAAGAGCCAGCACAGGAUUCACCUCUUUCCUGGACCAGUUUGAGUUGUUGUUUUACAUUGCGAUAACAUUUGGGUGCAGCUGUAGCAUGACACAAUGAUAGUGUCUAACACAACAUAUGUUUACACGAUCAGCUAAACCCUAUCUGCUGUGGGGGCUUAUGUUCUCAGUCACACUGAACCUGUCAUCCCAGGCUACCUGGGAUCAAAGCUAAUGAAAGCAUCUUGGUACUUGCCAUGCAUGGACCCAGAGUCUGCACAGAGCUAGCUGAUUACUUGGACGUUGGAUGCAGCUGAUGGUGUUGCCUCUCUAUCCUUAUCAGUGAGCCCAUGACCCCUGCAGAAGCUAGAUAGUCUUGUAGCAGCAGGAUUCCACAUGUUCUCAACAGAAAUCUAACAGAAGCUUAUAUUGCUCACAACGCCGUUGCUAUGAGUGUACGCUCAUAACCGCACCACGCUUGCCUUGUCGUGGCUGGCCGUCGCAGGACGGUCACUUUCCUCUGCCAUGACCCGGCUGAUGUUGGGCCGGACUCUGGAGCGCAUCUGUAAAGGCGUCCUGCUGCUCUGCUUGCUCCACUUCCUCAUCAUGAUGAUACUGUACUUUGACGUCUACUCGCAGCGCUUCGACCUCUUCAGCCGCUUCAACAACGGACGCAACGGGUCCAGGAAUAACAUCAGUGGAGCAGCAGGGAGUGGACAUCAUUAUUUCUAUUACAACCUCUCUAGGCCAAAUGCAACGCUAGCCAGCUACCUGGCCACAGGUGAGCAGCUUGUGCUGAGCAUGCAGCCGGACACCAAUCAGAAGCCUUCCCCCAAGCCGCUGCCGCCGUGCCCUGAGAACCCUCCUGGCCUUGUGGGGCGUUUGUUGAUUGAGUUCAGCUCCCAGAUGACGAUGGAGCGCGUGCAGAAGGAAAACCCCAACGUGACAGACGGAGGCCGCUACACCCCCCCAGACUGUCGGCCUAGAUGGAAGGUGGCCAUCAUUAUCCCGUUCCGUCACAGGGAAAACCACCUGAAGUACUGGCUCCACUACCUCCACCCUAUCCUCAGACGGCAGAGGAUCGACUACGGCAUCUACAUCAUCAACCAGUUGGGUGAGGAAACUUUCAACCGUGCCAAGCUGUUGAACGUCGGCUACACGGAGGCUCUGAGGGAUGCCGAGUACGACUGCUUCAUCUUCAGUGACGUGGACCUUAUCCCUAUGGAUGACCGCAACCUCUACCACUGCUACGACCAGCCGAGACACUUCGCCAUCGCCAUGGACAAGUUUGGCUUCAGGCUUCCCUAUGCAGGCUACUUUGGAGGAGUUUCCGGCCUCAGUAAAAAACAGUUUCUGAAGAUCAACGGCUUCCCGAACGAGUACUGGGGCUGGGGAGGGGAGGACGAUGACAUUUACAACAGGAUCACUCUGAAUGGGAUGAAGGUGUCCAGGCCAGACGUCCGCAUCGGCCGCUACAGAAUGAUUAAACACGAGAGAGACAAACACAACGAGCCCAACCCACAGAGAUUCAAUAAAAUACAGAACACGAAGAACACGAUGAAGAAGGACGGCAUCAGCACACUGACCUACAGACUGGUUCAGGUCAAGAGGUAUCCACUGUACACAAAUAUCUCCGUGGAGAUCGGUAAGCCGCCACCCCGGCCUAUUAAAGGCUAGAGAGCGAGAUGGAGAGAGAGGAGGAGGGUGAUGCACAUUUACUGGAAGAAAAAGGUGGAGAGGGCAGAGUUUAAAUUUGGGACAUGAGGAGAAAAGACUAUUUAUCUGGUGAGAUACUGAAGGAACUGAAGGGAAAAAGUAGUCACAAGCACAUCACAGUCUCUCGCUCUCUCUUCACCCCUCGGUCCUUUUAUCGAUAUUUCAGUUUGCUCUGUCUGUUUCUCCAGAAGUCAAACUCUUCCCACUGGUUUUUCAAGCAGCAAAAUGGCUUCACACCUCCUUCAUUUACCAAUCGGUGACUUCAGCAUUAGAGCGUGGACCAAAAAAUAACAAAGUUCAAGUAUCAGGGUCUGAUCGAAGACUGGCGUCAGUGUCAGAGGCCGGAACUUGGAAACUUUCCAUCAACAGUCUUUUGUAAACUGGAGGACAACAGAGGACACUGUCUGCUGCUGCUGUUGGAUGUUGUAUUCUGGGGAAAUGAUGGAUCCAGAAGGGGAUUUUCUUUCCUCUGAAUAUAGAGUUUUGUGACCAUGACGGAAAUUAGCUGUUGACAUGGAGACUAAGACAGUGUGAGGGAUAUUAAAAGUCAUCACAGAAUUGACUUCCAAAGCAUUUACGGUGAUGAUCCCAUGAGCGACGGUUGCGGGAAGCUGGAACAUGAACUCGACACGGGUGACAUGCAGCGCGGAUCCUCUGAUCUGCAUCAGCUGGUUUGGACGCUUAUCUCGACACAUGAUGAAUUAACGCUGACACUUUUCAUCAGGGAGUCACCUGCUCGGAUCUAAUUACUCAAUCAAAUCGUCCACUAUCAACUAAUGAAUGUGUAUUGUGCCUGCAUCUACAGCAGAAGACUCAGAAGAACAGUGCUGAUGAAAUUUAAAAAAAAAAGCAGCAGCAACACUCACCUGAGAAAUCUCGUUUUUCUUCUCUUUUUUAUAUGUAAACUCAUACUUUGGGAACUGGACACUGACUUAUUGGACAUGUUGCAACAAAGGGGAAGGAAAGUGAAGAUAUGAAAGGUUUUCUCUCGUGCUGAAUAAUACAUGAUGGAACUACCUUGGUAAUGCAUUUUGAAAUCAAAUCAUGGAACAGAAGAGAGCAGAGCAAAUGUGCGUGUACACUGACAGCUCAGUUAUGAUUUCAGCCCCGGUGGCAAACACUGGAGAUUCCAUUUUUUGUUUUUGCUUUUCUUUAGUUUUUUAAACCCACCUUAAGAAAAUGUUUGAUUUAUUUUAGACAUCUACUCAUUGAGGCUGCUUAUUGUGGCCAAAUUGGUUGUAAAAUUGAUCGUUGAGGAAUCUUUGGACAGAAAAACAACAGUAACUAAAAAGGUUUUGGUUUAACGUUGAAAAUAAUUAUGUGUUACACCUCAAACUGUGUUCGCACGAUGCAUAAACUUCACUGAUAUUGAAUUUCUUAGUGAAGAUAAUUGGUAUUAUUUGCUCAACUAAAUCCAAAAAUAAACAUUUUCGGUGUCAAAAACACUAAUUAAUAUUUUUAUAUAUAGUAUAAAUAAUAUAAGUGCAGCUUUUACUCAGUAGUAAUGUGCAUUUUACUUUUACAUUAUUUUUGAAGAGGUACAAGCAUCAGAACUGAGCUGUCAGGAAAGACAAUAGAGGCUUGUGAGCAUGAGGGAAAUAAAAACUGACUCCUGUAGAGACAUAAUCAUUCAUAAUCAAUUUUCAAAGUCAUUUAUUUGAGCCUGUAAUAUAACCUCAAGCCUUUUUUUAAAUGUAUUUCAAUUCAUUAAAACUAUCACUAUAUUAUUACUACUAUGCCAUUUCUUCUCCCUGUCAACUGUAUUUUUCUUUUAAUCUUCAUAAGAAAAUAAAUAUAAUAAUAUUAUAUCCAAAAAGAGGAAAUUAUAAAGUCAUAGUCUUCCGUGGGUGGAAAUUGUGAAUUUUGAAGCAGUAAUUAGACGUUCAUGAUCCUGUGACUGACAUCUCGUGUUCUGCUUCUGCUUCAGAUGUUAUCACCAUCAUCGAGCUGUUGUAGUUAUGUAUUCGAUCGUCACACAGAAGCUCCGUAUCGUUUCCGUGUGUGAGAAAUGAACAAGCAACAAGUAGAGUGAACCAUUUUCCUUCUGCAUCUGCAUCUACGUCGCUCUCCUCCCUGUGGUUUAUCUCUCUUUGCCUCCGCCGUAGUCGAUCUACUUCACUGUCGACGCCUAAACACCAAACCGGUGCCUUGAUGACGUCACAUACAGAGGAAAGCUGUUUUUUUGGGGGAGGGGUAAAUGUGUCUGUUUUAAGAUUGCUGAUACUGAAAUGAACAUUUCUUCCUUUCGGUUUUAAAAGAAAAAAAACAUGAGAAAAGGGAAGAUGUGAUUAACUUUUCUCUCUAUCUUGUCACCACCCACGUGCAAUCACACUCCCUCUGCGUUAUCUCCGUUUUCGUUUCGAUUACUUUCUUCCUUUGCCAAACCAGGCUGUGUGUGUGUGUGUGUGUGACAGCAAACUCCAGACACAACUAUGACUCACAAGAGGGUUUCGUCUUUCACCAUGUAUCUACCAGGCGUGUCUUUGUGUCUCUGAGUCUGUGCCACGUACUGCAUCCUUUUUUUUUGUGUACUUAUCCCACGUUUGUAAAAUCCUCCUUCCACACACAUCCUCUCCAGUCCACUUCAUCGCAUUUUCCCUUUUCUCUGUUUGGAUCCUUUCUGUUUGUCAGUGUGCCGUCCAAGAUUACACAAGGCGAGGUCACCGCCGUCCCGUGUCUAUGUUGUUUACAACUAAGCAAGAGAAACGACAAAAACUAAAAAGGUUUUGGUUUAGUGUUGAAAAUAAUUAUGUGUUACAUCUCAAACUGUGUUUGCACGAUGCAUAAACUACACUGAUAUUGAAUUUCUUUUCAUAUUGCAGUUAAAAUAACAUUUCUUAGUGGAGAUAAUUGGUACUAUUUGCUCAACUAAAAACUAAAAUUAACAUUUUCAGUGUCAAAAACACUAAUUAAUCUUUUUUGAAAGUACAGAUUUUACUCGGUAGUAAUGUGCAUUUUAUUUUUGCAUUAUUUUAGAAGAGGUACAAGCAUCAGAACUGAGCUGUCAAGAAAGACAAUAGAGGCUUGUGAGCAUGAGGGAAAUAAAAACUGACUCCUGUAGAGACAUAAUCAUUUAUUAAUUUAUUCUCUUCAUCGCAUUCUCAUUUUCCCUUUUCUCUGUUUGUAUCCUCUCUGUUUGUCAGUGUGCCGUCCAAGAUUACACGAGGCGAGGUCACCACCGUCCCUUGUCUAUGUUGUUUACAACUAACCUUGGGCCGUGUCAUUUUCCACUUCUGUCCCCAUGUCCCUGCUUUAAUCCGUUGUUUGCUUGGUGGGGAUGUGAGGCGCGAACAUGUUUGUUUUCAAAUUUGGUUUGUGACCCUGUCAUGUUUGAGCUGCUUGUCGUUUUUUUUGUUAACGAUUCAAAGGAAAAUCCUUAUUUUCUGCACACAACAUACGCAGUCACAGCUAUUUCUGUUAAAAGGCAAUUUGUCAUUUAAUAUCAAUUUGGGGGCGACUUGAGCGUAAAGUCACUCCAGCAGUUCCAGUCUCAGAAUAGAGGCAGCUACUCUGGGCUUCCCUCAAUCCGUUACUUCCUUUUUCAAUGCGACAUCAUUUGUUAUCAUGUCACAUUGAAACUAGAGCUUAGAGCACAGGUGUCAAACUGGUGUGACAACCUUUAAACACAAUGAGGUGAGUAAAUAUAGACCGAAUAUAAUAAUAAAUGUAUUUGCUAUAAAAGUAAUUAUACAUUCCUUUGACAUGUUCACAUUAUUAAAUUAGAUUCAACAUAAAAUUACACAUAUAUACAGUAUAUAUAUAUAUAUAUAUAUAUACAUGAGCUAAUUAGGUGUUUUAAUUAUAGUUGUGCACAUUAUUCAGUUGAUGUUUUGAUUUGAUUUAUUUCUCUGUUUUUGCAUCACACAUAUGUUAUUUAUGUGAACGACACAUGGUUCCAUAUCAAAACAAGCACUUUUACUUUGAAAUUCAGUGAAAUAUCAUCUUGAAUAUCAUAGUUUUAUUAUUGUCCAACCACUUGUGAAACACUCCUGAAUCAACAGGCAAAAAUAUUGUUCAGAUUUUGUUCAUAAAUCAUUUUGAAUACACCUUUGACAUAAACCUGUACGAUUGUGGCAGUUCCAUCACAUUCAUAUCAAAAGAUCCAUCUUCACAACGCCGAAAUAUCAAUAUUUUUCAACUCAUACAUCUUUAGUUAUAGUAACACAGAAGCGUUUUCAGGGUCAUUUUUCCAGACAUUGGAAAAGAUUCUUUCUCAUUCAUUCAUUCAUUAAUAAAGGACAUUAAGGAGCUGUUAUCACAGUCUGAUCAUCACGUGUAAACUCGGCGUCCCCAAUGUCAUCAAGUCAAGUUAAGGAAAGGACAUUUGAAGAAAAAAGAAAAAAAAAAGGAUGUAGCGAGAUGAACGUGGUCCCCCAUGUGUAGAGAAGCGUGUAUAAACAGUGACACGGUUUAUAGAUGCGAGCGACAGGAACGUCAGCAGAAAUAGUAUUUGACGUGUUUCAUUUACUGGAGGAAAAGAGCAGCCGCGAGGUGCGCUUGAUGUUUCCUGACAGACGUUUGACUUUUUUUUUUUUUUUUUUCCACUGGUCAGGCUCACCUCAGCGGUUCCAAGUAUCCGAAACACUUUUUCAAAUGCAGUUUUUGCCUGCCGCAGCAGACAGAAAUUUCAGGCCUUUGGGCAUUUUUAAAGAUUUACUGUAUCUCUAGCUAUGGAGUUUUCUUUUGUACAUUGAAUGUUGAAAAUGUUAUAUCUUAUAUAGAAUGCAGUAUGUCAUAUCAAACCUACUUUUUCUAUACAAUCAAUAAAUCUGAUGUUGAAGAUUGUA